AAUACAUGUUCAAAACAAACCUAGCAAAGAGACCAAAGCAUACGCAUUCGUUGUCAAUGGAGAUCAAGAUAGGAUCAAAGGAAUCCAAGCAUGAUGGUGAGCAAAAACUUCCCCUCUUGCAUGAUACACCAGCUCCGGAAAUAGAUGAGAAAAGAACGUUGAUACAGAGAGCCAUCAACCAGACGUUUCAGAGCACAGCUCAUUUGGCUAAUCUUUUACCUACUGGGACAGUUCUUGCAUUUCAACUUCUGGCACCUAUAUUUACGAACCAAGGCAACUGCGACUCGGUCAGCAGGGCCAUGACUGCUGGCCUUGUAGGCCUCUGUGGCGCUUCGUGUUUUCUAUUGAGUUUCACUGACAGCUAUAGGGACAAGAAGGGAAAUGUCUGCUAUGGAUUUGCUACAUUCAAAGGCUUAUGGGUCAUCGAUGGAUCAGCCACCCUUGCACCAGAUGUUGCAGCAAAUUUCAAACUGAAGUUUAUAGAUUUCCUCCACGCCUUCAUGUCCAUACUUGUAUUUGGAGCUGUUGCGUUAUUUGAUCAGAAUGUAGUGAAUUGCUUCUACCCAACGCCGUCGGAUAAGGCUCAGGAGGUUCUCACAUCAUUGCCAGUUGCCAUUGGUGUCUUCUGCAGUAUGUUGUUUGUUGUGUUUCCAACCAAGCGCCAUGGAAUUAGCUUCCCCCUAUCUGCAAGCUAACGAUUAUCUUCUGUUUGUUUAAGUUGUCGAGCACUGUUAUUCAAGCUUAUAUAUUCUUUCUUUGAUUCCGGCUUCCUCCAAGUUCUGUCAAUGUGGAUAUACUAUUAAUUUGUUCUGUUUGUAUAUUCUAGUUCCAAAUUCUUGAUGGAUCAAAUGAUUACAAAGAUUGUUA